GUGAAAGAUGCGGUGUUGUAUCGCACGCGAUUUGUCCGCGGAAUCUUGACGAGCAGUCGAGAGUCGAUCUUGGGCCCGAACGGACCCCGAGCGAACGAGUCAUUGAACCUCCUAUCUCGGUCUCCCAACAGUAUCUGCAGUUCUACGUGUUUUGUUAUUUUUAUUAUUCAUUUACAUUACGCAGAAGGCGCUGACUUUCACCGAGAUGUUGAGACAAACUUUUCUCGUUAUCGCCGUGGUCCUCGUGCUGACCGAAGCCACGCAAGUCAGAAAAUGCUCAAGUGCGAGGAGCUUCCAGAGCAUAAAGACAGUGGACAUAACGAAUUGCGAUAAAACGCCGUGCAAAUUGAAGAAAAAUACGAAAGUUGCGAUCGUGGAGAAAUUCAUUCCAGACCACGACGUCAAGAGUCUGACGACUUCGGUUCACGCUCAGAUACUCGGUGUCCCACUUCCUUUCAUCGGUGUCGACGGUACGGAUGCGUGUCCAAAUAUCUAUUCGAUAGACAACAAAAAGGUUGGAUGUCCCUUGCAGAAAGACGUGGAGUACGUUUACAAAAACGAAUUCCCCAUCCUGCCUUUGUAUCCAACGGUCUCUCUGGUCGUUAACUGGGCUCUGAAAGAGGGCGAUAAACAAAUCACGUGCUUCGAGGCACCGUCCAAAAUCGUGUAGUCAACGCGACUGCGUAACUUUCAAUUUUUUUCUAAUACGACGCGAUUCUCAUUCAGCAAUUCGAAUGAAGAGAAUCGAAUAUCGAGCUUUUUUAUAUCCGACGAAUCCCUCGUGGAUAGACGAACCACGAAAGCACUGUUCAUCGAAUCUUGGUUUUCGUGUCGAAAACGAAAAGCCGCCGGGCGUAUGCGGCCUGAUUAUUUAAACUAAUAAAUAAUUAUUAUUGUUAUUAUCUCUA